AUGGUCACGAAAUUAAGCUUUAAAGGAGAGAAAAGGCGCAAACCAAAAGCGGAUGCUGAACGGAAGAGGCACAAAAAAGACACGGGGGCUGAAAGUCAGGAAACUCCGGUGACUUUGGCCUCAAUUAAUGGAAUUCCCACGAAUAUAUAUGAUAUUCCUAGAGAUUAUCUAGAGUAUGGCUGGACGCUGGCAAAGUCACGCAAAGAUCUUAAUGGAUCUAUCAUGAUUUGUUUCGAGCGUUCUGGCCAUCAUGGGUCUCUUGAAUUCGACGAGAAGUGUGGCCUGACCGCAGCAGACGAAAAGAAGGUGGACAUAGCGGAGGAUGCUAUUAACUUCAUUGACUUUGAUCCCAAAUCACCACUGUAUAAGCUUGAGCCACAGGAAGUAACUCAAGUAUUCAGUGUGGUGAACAUCGAAAACGUUCUCAAGUUAACACAGGAAAGUGAACACGUUUCUGACGAUAUACUUAGAUAUGCGCUGAAGAACAGCGACGGCAAGUACCUAUCCUACGAUGUCGAGACAAAUACUCUGCUUCACACAGAUGUCUUGACUGAGAACGCUAUAUUCAACUUUCGGACUAAUCGUGACGGCCCUGGGUUUUUCAUUUCCGUGGGGAAAUUAGACUCCAAGAAUAAAUUGAUAGUUACGCAGGAUCUGAAGUUCAGAAUAAUUCAGGAUACCGAUGAUCUGCUUGAUGACUUGAACAUCUAUCAUAUUCGCGUUCAGACAAAGAAUUCAGAUACUGGCAGGAAGAUCAUUGCCUCGUUGGAUCUCAAAAAUGAAAACCGAGAUCAAUUAUUUGGCGACCCAAAGCAUAAAGAUUUAGUCAACAGAGCAACCAAGGAACUUGCCAAAAACGGCAUGAAAAUCAGCAACUCUCUGCUGUCCCAGAUCAACCGCGCGGCUGAAGAAGGGAAUCUUAACGAGUUUCUCAUCACAGUCAAGGAAAAGAUCAAGACUGAUCGCAGGGCAUAG